GAGAAAGAAAAACCGAGCGAGAAACGAGGCGUGGAGUUGCCGUCCAAAAACAUUCGGAGUUUAGAGUUAGGGCACCAAAAGUAAAAGGAAAAUCUUAAAACACGAGUAAAUUAAGGCAAUGUGAUUCACUGAUUUUGGGGAAAAAUUAGCAGACAGAUCAGCAAAAAAAGAAUUGAAUAUUAUCAUCUUAGAUCUUGAUUUCUUUAUUUUUUUCCCUAAUUGAUUCCGAUCGAUCAGCUCACUUCGAUAUUUUUUCUAUCCCGAUUUUGAAACUAGUUGACGGAGGGUUUAUGAGCUCGGAGAUCCUCCGGAUAUUAAAUAUAAUCGGUGCUGGUGUGCCGUUAAAUUGAUUGGUUGUUUUGUUUAAUUUAUUUUCCGGCCGAUGAGUGUUAAUUAAAACGAUGAAAUGGGUAUCAUUGUUUAAAGACAUCAAAGAUAAGGUAGGAUUAUCAGCGCCUACAUCAGCUGCAUCUUCUUCAUCCCCUUAUCCUGACCAGAAUAGUAACAAUGCCACUUCUUCAAGCUACGAUGACCCCUUGUCAAGAGAAAGAUAUGAACUGGAAUUGGACUUCAAAAGAUCUUGGGAAGAGUUUAGAACAUCGACUUCAGAGACGGAGAAGGAAAAAGCCUUGAAUGUCACUAUUGAUGUCUUCUGUAGAUUAGUAGAGCAGCAUUCCAACAUAGCACAGUUAAAUACCUUGUUAGUAGAGACACACAUAUUUUCUUUUGUGGUGGGUAGAGCAUUUGUCUCAGAUAUCGAAAGGUUAAAAGUUAGCAAUAAGACAAGAUCCUUAGAGAUUGAAAGUGUGAUAAGUUUUUUCUCUGAGGAUACUCAGGAUGGAAUUUUGUAUGGUUCAAAUCUGUUACAUGCAGUUGGAUUUCUUGUUUCCGGGCCUAUUGAUAAACAGUCUCUCCUUGAUUCUGGGAUCAUGUGUUGUCUUGUUCAUAUUCUUGAUGCUCUUUUGGGUUCUGAUGGAGGGAAUGUGAGGCAACAUGUUGUCACCGCUGAGGAGGAUUCGGAGGUAACAGAGAAUGUAGCUCCAGAUAAGCGGUUUGAGGUAGAGGGCAGUAUUCUGCAUAUCAUGAAGGCAUUGGCAAGCCAUUCUGCAGCUGCUCAAGGUUUGAUUGAAGAUGAUUCUCUAAAGCAGCUCUUUGAGGUGGUUGCCAAUGGGUGUUUGGUUCUGUUUUCAAGAUACAAGGAAGGUCUUGUCCCCUUGCACACCAUUCAGCUCCAUAGGCAUGCAAUGCAGGUACUGGGUCUUCUUCUGGCCAAUGACAAUGGAAGCACUGCUGCCUACAUAAGGAAGCACCAGCUGAUAAAAGUACUGUUAAUGGGCGUGAAGGGCUUUAGUCCUGAAUCUGGAGACCCUGCUUAUACAAUGGGUAUUGUGGACUUGUUGCUUGAGUGUGUGGAGUUGUCAUAUAGACAUGAGGCUGGUGGUAUCAGGCUCAGGGAAGACAUUCACAAUGCUCAUGGAUACCAAUUUCUCAUUCAGUUUGCAUUAGUUCUUUCAGGAGAUCAGGGUUCUCAAAUUAGUCACUCUGAACAAAAUCCCGAUUCAGAAGGGUCAAAAUCAACAAAUGACAUGGACACCUAUGACACCUCAUCGGAGUCUCUCACACCCACACUUUCCAGGUUGCUUGAUGUUGUUGUUAAUCUAGCUCAAACAGGCGCAACCGAGUCAACCGGGACCCCUGGGUCAAAGGGUACAAAAAACCGUCUAAAUCCUGAUGACACUUACAAAGUUAAAGACCUAGAUGCUGUCCAAAUGCUUCAGGACAUAUUUCUAAAAGCAAAUAGCAGGGAGCUUCAGGCUGAGGUGUUAAAUAGAAUGUUCAAAAUCUUCUCAAGUCAUCUUGAAAACUACAUGUUAUGUCAACAGUUGCGAACUGUUCCCCUUUUGAUCCUAAACAUGGGUGGCUUCCCUUCUUCUUUUCAAGAAAUUAUCCUCAAGAUUCUUGAAUAUGCAGUGACUGUUGUAAAUUGCAUACCAGAGCAAGAGCUGCUUUCACUUUGCUGCUUGUUGCAACAACCAGUAACAUCCGAAUUAAAGCGCACCAUCUUAUCAUUCUUUGUGAAACUUGUAUCAUUUGAUCAACAGUACAAAAAGUUCUUACGGGAAGUUGGUGUGCUGGAUGUUUUAUUAGAUGAUCUUAAACAGCACACGUUUCUUGUGGGCCCAGAGCAAAAUGACAAUGAUAGCCCUCAUGAGAUGGAAAGGAAGUCCAACCCAAACGGUUUCAUGAAACAUUUAGACAGUAAAGAUGUGAUUCUAUCGUCUCCUAGGUUAUUGGAUUCUGGCUCUGGAAGUUUUCCUCUUUUUGAAGCUGAAUGCAUAAUUCCAGCUGCUUGGGAUUGUGUGCUUUCUUUAUUGAGGAAAGCUGAACAUAAUCAAGUCAUCUUUCGUUCUGGUGAUGGUGUUGCUACUGCUCUUCCUUUUUUGGCAUCUGAUGUCCACCGAGCUGGCGUCCUAAGGGUAUUAUCAUGCUUAAUCAUUGAGGACUCUGCACAGGCUCAUCCAGAUGAAUUGGGUGCACUGGUUGAAGCUUCAAAGAGUGGAAUGGUAAUCAGCACUUCAGGAUCUCAAUACAAGCUAACAGAUGAUGCAAAAUGUGAUAUUUUUGGAGCUGUAUGGCGAGUUUUAGGAGCCAACAGCUCUGCACAAAGAGUAUUUGGUGAAGCCUCUGGGUUUUCCCUUAUCCUAACAACACUUCAUAGUUUCCAUGGAGAUAAAGGCCACGUCAGCCAGUCCUCAUCAACAGUCUGCAUGAAAGUUUUCACAUAUAUGUUACGUGUCAUAACUUGUGGAACAUCCAACAAUGCUGUUAAUAGAACAAAACUACAUGCGAUUAUAUCUUCACAUACUUUCUGUGAUGUUCUAUCCGAAUCUGGAUUGAUCUGUAUGGAGUAUGAAAAGCAAGUGAUGCAGCUGUUCUUUGAACUUGCUCUUGAGAUUCUCCUUCCACCCUCCUUCAAACCAGAAGCUAGUGAAGCAUCUGAUGAUCUUGACAACGUCUCUAGUACUUUCCGAAUAAUCACACCAUCAGCAUCAGUUCAUCAUGAUAAGCACCACAUAUAUAAUGCUGCUGCAGUGAAGGUUCUCAUCCGUUUAUUGUUGCUUUUUAGCCCAAAACUUCAAGUGGAGUUUUUAAAACUUCUAGAAGAACUUGCUCGUGCUGGCUCUUUUAACCAGGAAAGCCUUACCUCUGCAGGUUGUGUGGAGCUUCUCCUUGAGACAAUAUAUCCUUUUCUUUCUGGUUCAUCCUCUCUACUUCCCCAUGCUUUAAGAAUCAUUGAAGUACUUGGGGCUUAUAGGUUGACAUCAGCAGAGCUGCGAGUGAUUAUAAGAUAUAUUUUGCAAGUGAAACAGAUGAAAUUGGGUCAGACUCUUGUUGAUAUGAUGGAGAGGUUUACAGAUUCAGAAAACAUUCCUCUUGCAGCAUUUAUAGAGAUGGAUAUGAGCAAAUCAGGGCAUGCUUGUAUUCAAGUACCAUUAGGUGAGAGGUCAUGGCCCCCUGCUGCUGGUUACUCAUUCGUUUGUUGGUUUCAGUAUCAAAACUUGUUGAAAUCAGAUGCCACAACAACAGGUCAACAAGUGAUGCGGAUAUUCUCUGUUGGUGGGACAGAUGUUAGUAGUAACAAUACAUUCUAUGCAGAGAUUUAUCUUCAAGAUGAUGGAACAUUAACCCUAGCAACCAGCCAUUCGUCUUCAUUAUCUUUUUCAGGGUUAGAUAUAGAUGAGUACAGAUGGCAUCAUCUUGCUGUGGUACACAGCAAACCAAAUGCACUAGCUGGACUAUUUCAAGCUAGUGUUUCACAUGUGUAUCUUAAUGGAAAACUUAGACACACAGGUAGACUAGGCUACUCUCCAACAUCUUCUGGAAAGUCUCUCCAAGUAACAAUCGGGACACCGGUUGCUUGUGCAAGGGUCAGUGACCUGUCAUGGAAAAUCCGGUCUUGCUAUCUGUUUGAAGAAGUAUUGACACCUGGUUCUAUUUUCUUUAUGUAUAUUCUCGGCAGAGGGUAUAGGGGUCUUUUCCAAGACACAAAUUUGUUACAGUUUCUCCCAAACCAGGCUUGUGGUGGUGGAAGUAUGUCCAUUUUAGAUUCCCUUGAAACUGAUUUGGCAUUGGCUUCUUCUUCUUCUAACACACAGAAGCCCGAGAGUGCUAAUAAGCAAGACACCUCUAAAACCGAUCGCAGUGGCAUUGUUUGGGAUCUUGAAAUAUUAAGAAAUUUCUCGCUACAGCUUUCUGGAAAAAAAUUAAUAUUUUCAUUCGAUGGAACAUGUACAGAAGCUUUCAAAGUAUCCGGAACCUUGUCAAUGCUCAAUUUAGUUGAUCCAUUGUCAGCUGCUGCUUCUCCAAUCGGAGGUAUACCGCGAUAUGGACGCCUUCAUGGAGAUAUUUAUGUAUGCAAACAUUCUACAAUAGGCGAAAUGAUGCGUCCCAUUGGUGGAAUAGCCCUUAUUUUAGCCCUUGUUCAAGUAGCUGAAACAAGAGACAUGCUGCAUAUGGCGCUAACACUUUUUUCUUGUGCACUUCAACAAAAUCCUCAGAAUGUCAGAGACAUGCAAUCAUAUAGAGGAUACCACUUGCUAGCACUUUUACUACAUCCAAAAAUGUCACUAUUCGACAUGCAUUCACUCGACAUCUUUUUCCAGAUAGCUGCUUGUGAGGCUUCGUUUCAUGGACCAAAAAAGUUGGAAAAAACUAAUAAUAUGUCACCUGUUGAGCCUGUCAAAAAUGCCAGCUUUGAGGACCUGUCUAAGUUUCAUGAUGAUGCUUCUUCUGGUGGUUCACAUGGAGAUAUGGAUGAUUUUUUAGGGAAUAAAGAUGCUUUCAGUCAUAUCUCAGAACUCGAUAUAAAUGUUGACUUACCAACAGAAACAUCAAACUGUGUUGUUCUUUCAAAUCCAGAUAUGGUUGAACAUCUGUUACUAGAUUGGACUUUGUGGGUAGCAGCAACAGUUCCAAUACAAAUUUCCCUUCUGGGAUUUCUUGAAAAUCUAGUUUCAAUGCAUUGGUAUCGAAACCAUAAUCUUACAGUUUUGCGUAGGAUAAACCUCGUUCAGCAUCUGUUAGUGACACUUCACAGGGGUGAUGUUGAAGUUCCUGUGUUAGAAAAGUUAGUCACUCUUGUAGGAGUGAUUUUGAAAGAUGGGUUUUUGGUUUCUGAACUGGAACAUGUUGUUAGGUUUGUGAUCAUGACCUUUGAUCCACCGGAACUGACAUCAAGAAAUGAGAUAUUAAGAGAGUCAAUGGGGAAACACAUUAUUGUUAGAAACAUGCUGCUUGAGAUGCUAAUUGAUCUAGUAGUGACCAUUACAUCAGAAGAGCUUCUUGAACAAUGGCAUAAGAUUGUCUCCUCCAAGUUGAUAACUUACUUUUUUGAUGAAGCAGUUCAUCCUACAACUAUGAGGUGGGUGAUGACUCUUCUUGGUGUGUGUCUCACUUCUUCUCCUACUUUUUCUGUCAAGUUUCGGACAGGUGGCGGGUACCAAGGUCUGGUGAGGGUGCUUCCUAGCUUCUAUGAUUCCCCUGAUAUAUAUUACAUACUGUUUUGUCUCAUAUUUGGGAAACCCGUUUAUCCAAGAUUACCUGAAGUUCGUUUGCUGGACUUUCAUGCCCUUAUGCCAAGUGAUGGAAGUCAUACAGAGUUGAAAUUUCUAGAACUUUUAGAUUCUGUGAUUGCUAUGGCAAAAUCCACAUUUGAUAGGCUGUCCAUUCGAACAAUGAUUGCCUAUGAAACCGGUGCUGCUGGGCUUGUUGCAGAGCUUGUGGAUGCAUGUACAGAGAUGACAGGAGAGCUUCAGGGUGAAGCUUUGAUGCACAAAACUUAUGCUGCCAGGCUUAUGGGUGGAGAUGCUUCUGCUCCUGCUGCUGCAACUUCUGUCCUUAGGUUCAUGGUUGAUCUUGCCAAAAUCUGUCCUCCUUUUUCUGCUGUGUGCAGGAGAGCUGAGUUUCUUGAGAAGUGUGUGGAUCUUUAUUUCUCUUGUGUCAGGUCAGCUCAUGCUGUGAAGAUGGCAAAAAAGCUGAAAGUGAAGUCAGAAGACAAAAAUCUAAAUGAGUGUGAUGAAAGUCCUAGUUCUCACAAUAGCUUGCCACUUGAUCAGGAACACUAUUCUAAAACCUCCAUAAGUCUUGGAAGCUUCCCUCCAGGAACAAGUUCUGAAGAUGCUCCUGUUGCUGCCACAACCAAUUCAGAUGGAUAUCAACCAAAUAACAUAACCUCCCCCCCACUGGAAUCACACAAGCCGGAUGAAGUAGUUGAUCAAAUGUCCACUGCAGAAUCUGACACUAGAGAUUUCAGUUUCCAUGAUCAGAAAAUCACUCUGGAAUCAGACAAGCCGGUUGAAGAAGUUGAUCAGGUGGCCAUUGCAGAAUCCGACACUCAAGAUUUCAGUUUCCACGAUCGGAAAAUCACUCCGGAAUCAGACAAACCGGUUGAAGUGUCCAUUGCAGAAUCUGACACUAAAAUUUUCAGCUUAGAUGAUCAGAAAACCACCCCGGAAUCAGACAAGCCAGUUGAAGUAGUUGACCAAGUGUCCACUACAGAAUCCGACACUAAAGAUUUCAGUUUCCAUGGUCGCAAAACUACUCGCCAAGGAAGUUCACUGAGUUGUGUAUCGUUAAACAUAUUUGAUUCUCCAUAUUUAUCUGAAAAAACCACCGGGGUCCACAAAGCACAAUCUUCAUCACAACUUUUUGCAAUGAGUUCAUGGCAAAGUCCCAACGAAUCAAAACCCAAGUUAGCUCCAUCUCCUUCCAUGGCAUCUUCUGUAUCCAUGACUCUAUCUCUAAACGAAUACGAUACAUCUUCAGACCCCAAACGAACAACCCAACUACAAAAUCCCACAGACACAUACUUCCCAAUCAACCCACUUCUGUUACUUGAUGCAGAUGAUUCCGGUUAUGGAGGUGGGCCCUGUUCAGCAGGAGCAACUGCCAUUCUGGAUUUCAUGGCAGAAGUUCUUUCCGAUGUUGUAACUGACCAAUUAAAAGCAACACCAGCAAUCGAAACCAUUUUGGAAAACGGUCCUUUGUACAUUGAUGCUGAAUCUUUAUUAGUUUUUCAAGGUUUGUGUCUUAGCAGACUGAUGAACUUUCUAGAAAGACGAAUCUUACGUGACGAUGAAGAAGACGAUAAGAAACUUGACAAGGUGCGAUGGUCAUCGAAUUUAGAUGCAUUAUGUGUUAUGAUUGUUGACCGUGUUUACAUGGGCGCGUUUCCGGAACCUUCCGGUGUACUUAAAACCCUUGAGUUUUUAUUGUCGAUGCUGCAGUUAGCAAAUAAAGACGGUAGAAUUGAACAAGCGGGCCCACCCGGGAAAGGAAUCUUAUCAAUAGGGAGAUCAAAACAACUGGAUGCUUAUAUACUUUCGAUGUUUAAAAACAUGAAUCGAACGAUUAUGUACUGUUUUCACCCACAGUUCUUGAUCUCAGUUGGAGAAGAUGAACUUUUAUCACGCCUGGGUUUGCAAAUCGAACAGAAACAAAGAUUGGUUUUCCAUGGAUCUGAAGAUGGAGUGAUUGAUAUCAGCACAGUGUUGCAAGUACUUGUGGCUCAUAAACGAUUAAUCUUCUGCCCUAGUAACCCUGACAAUGAUCUAAAUUGCUGUCUGUGUAUAAACUUAACAUCUCUUUUACAUGAUCAUAGACAAAACGCACAAAACUCAGCUGUUGAGAUUCUCAAAUAUCUUCUGCUUUACCGAAAAACCGCUUUGGAAGACCUUCUGGCCUCGAAACCGAGCCAAGGCCCGGUUUUGGAUGCUUUUCAUGGUGGUUUUGACAGACUUGUGACAGGGACAACAUCGUCUUUUUUUGAUUGGUUUAACACAUCUGAGCUUCUUGUUAGCAAGACGUUAGAACAAGGUGCUGUGAUCAUGUGGGUCCAGUAUAUCUCGGGGUCUGUAAAGUUCCCGGGAGUUAGAAUAAAAAACAUGGAUGCUCGUCGGAAAAAAGAGAUUGCUAAAAAGUCAAAGGAGUCGAGAAAGUUUGACCAAAGACAUUGGGAACAAAUAAACGAAAGAAGAAUCGCAUUGGAAUCGGUUUGUGAUCAAAUGUGUACAGAAUUGAGAGUUGUGAGACAAGAUAAAUACGGAUGGGUGCUCCAUGCUGAAAGUGAAUGGCAAACACAUUUACAACAGCUUGUACAUGAACGUGGUAUUUUCCCAGUUCUCAAAUCGGUUUCAAUCGAAGAGCCCAACUGGCAGCUUUGUCCAAUCGAAGGCCCGUAUCGAAUGCGGAAAAAGAUCGAACGGUGUAAAUUAAAAUUCGACAUGAUUGAAACGAUUUUAAACGGGGAGUUUGAAGGUGGAAGAGAGUUUUUAUUGACUAGGGAGAAAGACGAAAUUGACCUCGGUGGGUCUGAUUUUUUACCUCAUGAGUUGUUUGAUGAGGAGUUGUAUGAUGAUUCGGUUUUUAAAGAAUCUGAUAAUGUGAAAGACGUGGGGGGGUCCACUAGAAUCGGGUGGAAUGAUGGAAGAGACAGAGAUGAUAGUGUUUAUGAAGCAAGCGUACAUUCAGCUGCAGAAUUCAGUAUCAAAUCAAAUACACUUGCUCCACCUUCAUUGAGAAGGGACGCUUCUAUAGUUUCUGAAAACAUUCGAAUCACAACAGAGGAGAAAGUUGAGAAAGAAGUAAGUGACAACGGGGAGUAUUUGAUUAGACCUUAUCUUGAACAUAACGAGAAAAUAAAAUCAAAAUAUAAUUGCGAAAGAGUCGUGAGUCUUGAUAAACAUGAUGGGGUGUUUCUAAUAGGAGAACGUUCCCUUUACAUUAUCGAGAAUUUCUACAUCGAUGAUUCCGGAUGCAUAUGUGAAAAAGAAAGUGAAGAUGAUAUCUCGGUUAUCGAUCGCGCUUUGGGGGUUAAAAAAGACGCGUCUUCAAGCAUGACAAAUUCGAUGACGUCAUGGGACACGAAUGGGAAAGUGUCCGCUGGGGGAAGGGCGUGGGCCCACAAUAGUGGAGCAUGGGGGAGGGACAAGGCGAUUAAUAGUAGAAAUGUACCUCAUUUAUGGCGGAUGUGGAAGGUUAAUACUGUCCAUGAGAUAUCAAAACGUGAUUACCAGUUACGUCCUGUUGCUGUUGAAAUAUUCAGCAUGGAUGGAUGUAAUGAUCUUCUUGUUUUCCAUAAAAAAGAGAGGGAGGAAGUUUUUAAAAAUCUGAAUGCAAUCAAUAUUCCAAAAAACACCAUGCUGGACCCGACAAUUUCAGGGGCUGUGAAACAGGAAAGCACGUUUAAGAUUAUGGAGAAAUCAUUCUCAAAGAUGUGGCAAAAUGGGGAAAUUAGUAAUUUCCAGUACUUGAUGCAUGUUAAUACACUUGCGGGCCGGGGGUAUAGUGAUCUUACUCAGUAUCCGGUUUUCCCUUGGAUUUUGUCGGAUUAUGAGAAUGAGAAUUUGGACUUCACCAAUCCGGAAACAUUCCGGAAGCUUGACAAGCCUAUGGGAUGCCAAACAAUGGAGGGGGAACUGGAAUUCAAGAAAAGGUUUGAGAGCUGGGAUGAUCCAGAGAUUCCCAAGUUUCAUUACGGGUCUCACUAUUCUAGUGCCGGAAUCGUGCUGUUCUAUCUGAUAAGGCUGCCACCAUUUAGUUCAGAAAAUCAAAAGCUUCAGGGGGGGCAGUUUGACCAUGCUGACCGACUUUUCCAUAACAUACAUGAUACUUGGUCAAGUGCUGCUGGAAAAUCCAACACCUCAGAUGUUAAGGAAUUGAUCCCAGAAUUCUUUUAUCUGCCAGAAUUCUUGGAAAACCGUUUUCAUCUUGACCUCGGGGAGAAACAAUCUGGAGAAAAGAUUGGAGAUGUUGGAUUGCCUCCUUGGGCCAAAGGUAGUGCUAGAGAGUUCAUCAAGAAGCAUAGAGAAGCUCUGGAAUCUGAUUAUGUUUCAGAGAAUUUGCAUCACUGGAUCGAUCUUAUAUUUGGUUACAAACAACGAGGGAAGGCGGCUGAGGAAGCAGUUAAUGUUUUUUACCAUUACACAUACGAGGGGAGCGUAGACAUUGACGCAGUAGCCGAUCCCUCGAUGAAAGCCGCAAUUCUGGCUCAGAUUAACCACUUCGGUCAAACACCGAAGCAGAUUUUCCACAGGCCUCACGUGAAAAGAAAAACCGAUCGAAAACACCCCCUUAAUCCCCUCAAAUUCUCCCCACGUCUCAACCCACACGAGAUCCGUAAGAUGACGUCACCAAUCGCCCAAAUCGUGACCCUAAACGAUAAGAUUCUAACAGUGGGCCCAAACAACUUUAUCAAGCCCAGAACCUACACCAAAUACGUCGCCUGGGGUUUCCCGGAUCGGAGCUUAAGAUUCAUGAGCUACGAUCAAGACCGCCUCCUAUCCACCCAUGAAAACCUUCACGGCGGCCAUCAGAUCCAGUGCGCGAGUGCCAGCCACGACGGUCAACUCUUAGUCACCGGCGCCUACGACGGGAUGGUGUGCGUCUGGCGGAUUGGAAGCUACGGUGGGCCCCGCGCACCACGAAGUUUAAAUCUACAGCAGUCGCUUUGCGCCCACACCGCUAAGAUCACCCGGAUCUACGUCUCCCAACCCUACAUGAUGAUUGUCAGCGGUUCCGACGACUGCACUGUCAUCAUGUGGGAUUUGAGUUCGUUAGUUUUUCUCCGGCAGCUUCCGGAAUUCCCUUUCCCGAUCUCUGCUCUGUACAUGAACGAUUUGACCGGAGAAAUCGUGACUGCUGCCGGUGUUUUGCUGGCGGUUUGGAGUGUGAACGGAGACUGUCUAGCGGUGGUGAACACGUCUCAGCUUCCGUCUGAUUUGAUUUUGUCGGUGGCGACUUGUACGUUUUCCGAUUGGGUGGAAACGAACUGGUACAUAUCGGGUCAUCAAAGUGGGGGGAUUAAGGUAUGGCAAAUGGUUCAUAACUGUUCGGAGACUGCCCGAACUGCCCACAAGCAUCCUUCUGCUCAAGUGCAUUGUGGGUUAGGGCUUAGAGGGGGUAAAGUGCCUGAAUAUACGUUGGUGCUGCACAAGGUGCUUAAGGGGCAUAACCACCCAGUUACUGCGCUUCAUCUUUCAAGUGACUUGAAGUUGUUGUUGAGUGGUGAUUCAGAUGGGCAUUUGUUUUCUUGGACUUUGCCCGAUGAGACCUUAAGGAAUUCUAUUAAAUGGGGGUGAUGUGAUGUGGAUUGAUUCGGAUAUUAUUAACUAUUUAACCAACGAGAUGUGACUUGAGUUGUGUUUUUGGUGGAGAGCCUGAAAUGGUUUGGGGCUGGGCUAUGGUGUCCAUCCUCGAUAAGAUAGCACGAAAAGGGUUGGCGGAGAUGGACAAGAAAGGGUCGGGGUUGGUUCAGGUGGGAGAGAUCUGGCGGGAAGUGGCUCGGGGUUGGCUUGGGGGGCAUAUCGGUAAUUUUGAAGUUUGGUGAAUGAAUGAUUUGUUGUACAUAGAAGGGGUGGAUGCUGUUGAAGCCGAUGUGAGUGGUGUGUAUCACGAAAUAUGUGCAUGCAUUGAUUCGGAUGACUAUGAGUGGUGCACAUGUUGUUGAGUGUAAUAUGCACCGGUUUUGACUAGGGAUGUACAGUUGCCAUUGUUUUUCGAUUUUGUAAGUUAUGUUAGUUCUUAGAGUUGUAUGAUUAUGAGUUAUCAAUACAAAAUCAAUUUGUUUUAGUUCGUA